UUCCAAUUCAAUUCGUCUUCUCGUUCGCAGCCCUAGGAUUUGGGGGUCUGGAGGGGUUUGAUCGUUUCUCGCCGUGAAUCUGCUUUGGUGUAAACCAACGGAUCUCGGAUCGUAGUCUUCAGAAGAUCCCGGAUUUUGCGGUUUGGCCCCUCCUGGAUUCAAUUCGUCGUAUCGUUCGCAGCCCUAGGAUUUGGGGAUCUGGAGGGGUUUGAUCGUUUCUCGCCGCGAAUCUGCUCUGGUGUAAACCAACGGAUCUCGGGUCGUAGUCUUCAGAAGGUCCCGGAUUUUGCGGUUUGGCCCCUCCUGGAUUCAAUUCGUCGUAUCGUUCGCAGCCCUAGGAUUUGGGGAUCUGGAGGGGUUUGAUCCUUUCUCGCCGCGAAUCUGCUCUGGUAUAACCAACGGAUCUCGGGUCGUAGUCUUCAGAAGGUCCCGGAUUUUGCGGUUUGGUGGUUCUUGCUCUAUGAAUCAGAGGGAUGGUUCUUCCCGGAUUUAUGCCUUGCGGCCACUCUGUCGAAUCAUGGGGUUUCGACCCGAUUCGUAGGCGUGCUCCCUGUUUUGGAUGGGAAGUAGGCGUGUUUGUAGUAUUCGUGCUUCGAUUCGUCAACGGAGAUUAGAAGACCUGGGAUGGGAUUUGAGGAAAUCUAGCUUCUGCAUAAGAACAACAAAUCAAAAGCUUGAUCAGCUCGGUGCCUACAAAACCUCAACAACCAAGUUUCAUGUCUGAUCUCGACGUCCAGCUUCCAUCUGCCUUUGAUCCGUUUGCUGAGGCAAAUGCUGAGGACUCUGGUGCUGGUCCUGGAACGAAGGAUUAUGUGCAUGUGCGCAUCCAGCAGCGCAACGGCAGAAAGAGUCUGACUACAGUCCAGGGUCUGAAGAAAGAGUUCAGCUAUAACAAGAUCCUCAAGGAUCUGAAGAAGGAAUUCUGCUGCAAUGGUACUGUAGUUCAGGACCCAGAGCUAGGCCAGGUCAUUCAGCUCCAAGGUGACCAGCGCAAGAAUGUUGCUACUUUCCUAGUUCAGGCUGGGAUUGCGAAGAAAGAGAACAUCAAGAUUCACGGGUUCUAAGGGACCUGUAAAUGCUUGUGCCCUAUAUUGUGUGCCUCCACAUAUUGGGGAGCUUGAAGCAUCGACAGUUACUAGUCAUUGCUUACUUAUAUAAGAACAUAAGUAGUAUUUGCUAUUGUCAAGUGUGCCUUGCUUGAUGCAAGUUGUGUUUUCGUAUCAUUAUUAUUAUGCACGGCCAUCGUACGUGUAUGGCUUGUAUGGGUUAUUGCCAACUUAAUAAAAGCACACUCUGUUUGCCU